GUCCAUGCUAUAUAAGACUCCCACAGCCAGUCAGGUCAACAAGAUACAACCACAAGGAACCAGGACUGAAGCAGAGGAUCACUCACUCUCAGACACACAUUUCUUCUCAUCUACCCGCACAUUAACAGGAACAGGUGAGUUGCUUGCAGCCAGGACACGUCUGGAUUGAUUUAGGAUUUUUUUUGGAAAAUCUAUAUUUUAAAACUGGUUGAGUUUUUCCAUUGUGAACAACUGAGUAUCAAAACCUUUGAUUUUGUCAACGGAUGUAUGAUUGAUAUGGAGCAUUUUGCUUCUCAAUGUAAAAUGGACUUAUGUCUGUCUUCGGCUACUCACUUGUGGUUCUGUCUGCAGGUCACAAUGUUUGCCAUCCACUCCCUGGCUGGUCUUCUCCUCCUGGUCAUCAUACAGAGCAGUUGGCAGGUCCCUCUACAAGAGGCUGAGGACAACUCAAGGUACAGCUCGAAAACGUUAUAUUUUACAUGGGGGGGAAAUGAUACCAAUUUUCCAUGGGAUAUUUUAACAAAUAUUUUCAGAACAUAUCAUAGGAAAAAAGCACACAAGGUACAGUAUCAACGUAAAGUAUGAGCUUGUAAGAUACAGACGGAAUGACUAGUGUUUAACACAUAAUGUACAUGUAUCCAACAGCAAAUGUCAAUCAAAAUUAGACUAUAAUGAGGCAUCUAUCAGCAUAAUUUCAGCAUGAAAGAUUCUUCUUCUCCUGUAGCUUAGAGACAGCAGACUCACUAUUGAAGGCUUUGAGGGGCGUGUCUAACGUGAAGAGACAUUCAGAGGGAACCUUCUCUAACGACUACAGUAAAUACCAGGAAGAUAGGCGGGCUCAGGACUUUGUUCAAUGGCUUAUGAACUCCAAGAGGAGUGGGUGAGUGUUUCAACAGAGUAAUAUUAUAUAUUUUUUGGCUUAUGACUGGUAUGAUACUGUGGGGUGGAGAAAUUAUAAUAUAUUUUUCUUAAUGAGAACAAGAACAGUUCAGUCUUUUAGAAACUUUUACUGGGAUGAAUACUGUAUAUCUUGAGUUGAACAAUCAAAGAUUUGGAGGGAGAAAUUACAGAUUUAAACUUCAUCCCAAAAUGUUUGUCUAAAGCACCAUGUAUAUUAUGGCAUUGUUUGCACAUACAGAGAAAGGAUAGUCAUGUAGCAACAUAUUCAUAUACAGAGUCCUUCCAAGUCAAACAAAGUAACUUGAUGUUAUUAACACUACUCAUCACUUUGAAACUAAUAGCACCCAUCCAUUUUCAUUAUCAACUUAUCCUCAACUUUUAUAUCAAUACAAACACUUAAAAUACAAUAUUUAAGUUUUUUACUAGCAAAGUUAGUGAAAAACAGUUAUAAGAACUCAGAGGCCAUUUUACCUGAGCCAGAAUGAUGUCACAGUACUAUCAUUGGUUGAAUGGAGUUUCGUAUCCAUCACACCAUUUCCUCUCUAUCCCCAUCUAGUGCUCCAUCCAAACGCCAUGCCGACGGGACCUACACCAGUGACGUGAGCACCUACCUACAGGACCAGGCGGCCAAGGACUUUGUGUCCUGGCUCAAAUCAGGACGGGCCAGACGAGAGUAGGCUUCCCUUCACCCUACCGUACCAACAUAGUGUGUGUCAUGUCUAACGCGAGAAGAAGAGAGAGAGAAAAGAUAAUCAACUACUUAGCUAAUUGAUCCAUUGCCGCACCGUUGCUUUCUUAAGGCCUGUGUUGACAUUUCAUGUGGUCGUGCCCAAUAAAUCCCAUGAAACUAUGCUCUGCAUUUAUUGAUACAUUUAUUGAUAUUUGCCCCUCGGAUGACUGUGUUGACUGGGUUGGAAGAGAGCGUAUCACACAGUUACUGUGUGCAUAAACACCUGUUCAGGGAACCAAGGUGUCCUCUAAUGAAUCACUACAGCUACAGAUCACUACUUCAUAAAUCAUCCAAUAGUCAUAAUGCGCAACUAGAAAAGGGUACAUUUCCUGAAAAAAAUGUGUAUUCUUGCUUCAGCCGACUAAAAGUUGAACCCAACAUGGUUGGUAAUUGUGUAUAGAAGAAUUGUGUGUGGAACCACUGACAAGUGUGUGUUAUCUUGUGUAUUGUACCUAGAUCUGCUGAGGAGAGCAGGGGGAAUGAUCCAAUGAGCAGAAGACAUGUAGAUGGAAGCUUCACCAGCGACGUGAACAAGGUCCUAGACAGCAUGGCCGCCAAAGAGUAUUUACUCUGGGUCAUGACCUCCAAACCCUCAGGGAAAAGGUAGACAUCAGAACACAACCAGAAGCGUAUGAAAUGGCACCCUAUUCCCUAUAUAGUGCACUAGGGCUCUGAUUAGAACGAGUGAAUAUGGUGCCAUUUUAGACAAGUUUGUCAAUGGAGUGAAACCAGCAUGUAUUGCUUACAUCAAUAUUUGAUCAAUAAUUUGUUGUUGUCACACCCUUUUUCUCUGUAUCUCUCUCUCUCUCACACUAAACUGUGUUACUGUAUGGUGUCACGGUCUGAUAAUUCCCCUAUGUUUAUUUCAGUAACAAACGUCAAGAAGAUCAUUGAAAGAAGACAAACGCUUCCUUGUUCAAGAGAAACUUGGAUACUGUGCUACAAAUGAUAAGCCUUGACAAAAACUAAAAGCCAUAGUAAAAAGCCAUACUGCUUAGCAUUGUUGUAACGUUGAUACAAUGUUGGAAAUUCUUAGAUUGUUUACUCUACAUAAUGUGAUAAUAAAAAAACACAUUAUGUAUUCUUCCUUAACUUUUUGGUGCAUUUAUGCAUCAGGUCAGUUGUCAAAUUAUACAAAUAUUUUUCUAUAAAUUAACAUUAUUUUCUAUAUUUGUAAUGUUUAAAAAAAGAGAACAUGUUAAAAACUCAGAUAUAAUGUGAUAAACUAUCUGGUAACUUGUGUGUGAAUUUGGUUUUUAUCCCAUAUGUAUCAAAACCUGCUCUGCAAAAAUAAACUAUUUCAUUGUGUUUGUUGUAUCAUAUUUUUGACUAGCCAUGCGUCCAUACCAAUGGAAUUCCAAAUAUUUCAGUUCAUGGUGCUGAAAAGAAAACCUGUCAACAUUAAACUGUUGUGCCAAUGAUAGUAGUCUGUGUACUAGACUAGAGUUGAAAACUGUGGUUGUGCAUCUCAAAGAAACUGUCCAUGGUUCAGAAACCGAAAUGCAUGGCAUUCAAGUAACGUUUUUAGUUAUAAUGAAAUACUAAUAAUAGCGUGAAUUGGUGAACCAGAAUGUGUACUACAAAUCUGAAUUCUAGAACGUUCACGGAAAAAACGACCGUUCAGAUUCGCUCAACGGAAAAACAUGGUGCCCCUAAACUACAGAUAAAAUGGGUUGGAUAAAGGGAGAGGGUGAGACCGAGGACUCGUACAAAAUAAGCAAAAUAGCUGCCCACGUACCUGAUCUAGUUGUCUACAGCACCCUCACCAACGAUAUCCCCUACGCAGAGAACUUUCAUGGAGUCCUUCUCUUCGCGGAUGUAUCAGGCAAACUAAUCUGUUAGCUAGCUACGUUAGCUAUCUCGCUAGCUAACAUGAGCUAGAAUUCCCUUUCGAUCUAAAUUUAGAAACUAGCUAGCUAACGUUAGCUAACCCACUAGCUAGAAGUCAACUAAUCCAUUUUGUAUAUUUUUUAGGUUUCACUAAUCUGACUGAGAAGUUCAGUUUGAGUAGCAAGAAAGGCUAUGGAGCAGACGAGUUGACACGCACACUCAACAGCUACAUUGGGGAAAUAGUCAGUCGUAAGUUAGCUAUGGUUUCAUUAAGUUAAAGCAAUACAAUAUCAAUCUAACGUUAUGUACCGUUAGUUAACUUAGUCCAAAAAAAAUGUAGUUACCAAGCAAUGCUUUGUUCCCUGUAUUUCAGACAUCCUUGAUGCUGGGGGAGACAUUCUGAAUUAUGCAGGUAACAAUUGGCUUCCCUCUCAGCAUUGAGACACAGAUUCACCAUGAUCACAAUUCCUAGCUACAGUACUUCUCUACUCAUCAUGGCCAAACAACAUUUUAUCACAGGCGAUGCCAUCUUGGCUCUAUGGACGGUGGAGAGGAUCCAGCUCAGUGAAGUAAUCUCCCUGGUGGUCAAAUGCAGCCUCAACAUCCAGGACCAGUGUGGUGUCCGGGAGACAGAAGUGGGCUGUCAGCUAAAAGUUAAAAUAGGUGCAUUUCUGAGUCUCAUACAGACAGAGAGACAUGUUUGUGCCAUAACACCAGGGCCCGUAUUCACAAAGAGUGCAGAUCUAGGAUCAGUUUUGCCUUUUAAAUCAUAAUGAAUAAGGGGGGACCUGAUCCUAGAUCAGUACUCUACGCUUUGUGAAUUUGGGCCCUGAUUAUCCGGCUACACUUGACUUUAUAGGCAACUAGAACCCCGAAUAUGAUACCCCUUCUCUGCUGUCCCAAGGGAUAUCUGCUGGGAAGCUCUCCAAGGUGAUCGUAGGAGACGAGAUCAGUCAGUACUUUGUGGUGAUUGGCCGGGCGGUGGACGAGGUACGGCUGGCAGAGGGGUUGGCGGUGGCCAGCACAAUCAUCUUGUCACCUAACGCCUGGGAACUAUGUGAAAGGGACAACAUCGCCAUUGACCCCAUAGAGAAUGAGAGAGCCGUGAAGGUGUGUGUGGGAGGACGGGGAAGGGGGUUGGUGGAUGGAUGUAUUGAUGGAUACAGUUAUGACGAAUGCAGUUUCAAUUAGGCAGGUGGUUGCUAGAUGACUAUGUGAAUGAGGGUCAUUCAAUGCAGGUGCGAUACAUCAAACGAGAGCCCCGUUUUUCUGUUGAGAAGUACCAGGAAUCAAUAGGAACGCAUGUAGAGCAUGAAAACGUGACAAGAGGUACAGUAAAGAGAGUAGCUAGAUAUCAGCCUAUGAUAUUUCUGCUUGCAUGGUUGUGUUGUAACAUCCUAACCAGUCCUUUUUCUGGUCUACAGAUUGUGUGAGGAAAGCAUCUCGACUGAUGCCAAACGCCGAGCUUGAGAAAACUUUUCGGAAGUACAUAAUGAAAACGGUUUUGCAGAAAGUAAGAACCUAGCUACUACCGUCCUCAUUCUUUACAAUAGCAAAAUCAGAAUCACUAUGUAUUUGUGAAUGUAUGAAUGUAGGCUCUGUUUUAAUGUCCACACUACUACUUACCUAGAAUUAAGAAAUGUAUUGAGCAUACGUUCUAAUAAGUAUGCUAGUAUGGUCCUUGGAACGUAGCCAUGGUUUUCUACUCUGACCUCUACUCCCUCAUUAGAUAGAUGACGACCAGCCUCUGGAGUAUCUGUCUGAGAUGCGUCCGGCCACCAUAGUGUUUGUCAACAUGCAGUUCAAGGGAGGAGAGAGUGACCAGGAGCAGUGUAUGACCAUCCACCAGGCCGCCAUUGGCAUCGGUCAGCAGAUAGUCAAGCACCACGGGAGGGUCAACAAAGUGUUCAUGUUCGACAAGGUCAGUUAGUGGUUCAUUCAAGGUGGAAUCCUGGGGGUUUAUUCACUAGGAACCAAAUGAAAGAAAACAGGCUGAAACGGGGAGGGACUAACCUGAAGUUGUCCAAUAAGAAACACUAUUUUGCUAAAUGUUUUGGUACGGUGUGAACUAAUGAAUACACCUCAGCAGUUCUCUGUUCCCAGUGGCAACAGACAAACUACAAAUACAACCAACCAGAAACAUAAACAAUAGGUGCACUCACCAAGACUCUCUUCUUCAGUCAAAUCCCCUGUAUGUUUUUAAAUAACAAGGAGUUUGUUGCAGGGCUGUACUUUCCUCUGUCUGUUUGGGCUGCCUGGGGACAAGCGGGAGGAUGAGAGUGCCCACGCCUUACAGGCUGCCUAUGGAGUACAUGACCUUUGCCAAAAAGAGAUCCGCAGCCUCAAGUAAGGUCCAUUUGAUCCUAAUAUUCUAGGACCACAUGCCUUUACGGUUUAUCACACUACAGAUGUAGGAUCUUAAUUUGAUCACCCUGUUGCAGGAUAAUUUUCCUGCAAUGCAGGACGUUUUUAAACUUGUAGUGUAUUUGAGUUUUAAAAAGGCUUCUUAAGUUUGUAAUUUCCACUUUGAAAUUUCAGACUUGAUUUUCCCUUACGCAAAAUGUAUCAAGUCCAAAAAAAUUUCCAUUAAUUAUAAUCCACAUAAUAAUUCACAUUUCCUGUUGCUAAAGGACUAUUUUCCUGCUCUAGCAAAAUGGCUCAAAUUAAGAUCCUACAUCUGUAUUAAACUUGAGUGCAAUAUGUUGCAGAUUGCAUUUCCUGAAAAUGCUUUGCAUAUACAGUAGUUUUGUGUGUAGGUUGUUUGAAUGCAGCGUAUAGUUAACAAAAGGUCCAAUGUUGUCAAACAGGACUGUCUCUGUUGGAGUAACCACAGGCCCAGUGUUCUGUGGUGUAGUAGGACAUCCUGUGAGGCAUGAAUACACAGGUACAGUCCCCCUUGACAUCCUCUUGAACUCUCAGGUGGAACUGUGCUUUGCCACUGCAACUGACUAUUACAGCUACUUGUUGUAGCCUAUUUUAUAUUAUUUUAACUCGCAUACUAUUAUGUUCAGAUUUUGUACAAGUUUGACCUAGGAACUGAACUCUAUCUCUGUGUCCUUUGCCGUUAGUGAUUGGUCGUAAGGUGAACCUGGCGGCACGACUGAUGAUGCACUACCCCGGGAUGGUGUCAUGUGACAGCGAGACUUGCUACUACUCAAAACUGCCCGCGUUUUACUUCAACGAGCUGCCCAAGAAAGCCAUGAAGGGAGUCAAGAACCCUGGAGCCCUAUAUCAGUUCAUGGCCAACAAACAUCAGAUGUACGACCAUCUGAUAUGACCAACAUCAUUAUAGUCCAUUAACUCAUGACUCAUACUCACUUUCAUAUUGAGCACCGUACUAUUGUCAUGUCAGAUAAUUAAUUGUAAUAAGAAAUGAUAAAGGUUCAUACAUGCUUAUAAAACAAAAUCUCAUCUCCAGAACUGUUGGUAAAGCACCUAUGUCCGUUGAGAGAGAGGAGGGAUAUCCUCUUUUAGGUGAGUUUUCUCUAGUAUUGAUGAUUAUGAAUGACAUGCAUUCAUCGUGGAAGAUCACAUUUAUUUGAAUGAUAUGUUGCGCUCAAAUCCUCCCUAGGCCGAGAGAAAGAAAUUGAAGUGUACUCCAGCGUGCUGAAGGGCUUCUUGGAGGCCAGGGCAGCCGGUCACAAGAACUACAACAAUGUUUUGAUCUACGAGGGACCUAUCGGCUAUGGCAAGAGCCGCCUGCUGGCUGAGGUGGUCUACAGAACAGCCAAGGAUGGAGUCAGGUCAGUGCCAGCUGUUAGUUAGCCUGGUCUUGAUCAGGUCUUGGCAACUACGAUGGUCAUGCCAAAUGCACAAACAGAUCUGACACCAGGCUAGUUGAUAGUUGACUCAAUUAUUUAUUACAUAUCAAUACAACAAAUAUGUGCUGUAUCCCAAGCUGUGGUCGUUUAAUUUAAUCGUAAGUCAACCCCAGUAGUGACAAAGAAACAUGGACGUCAACAAUGGGCGAUUGGAAAGCAUUUCUUCUGUCUCCUAUCUUUCAGAGUGAUCUCGUUUGAGCUGGCCAAGACAGACAUCAAGCAGUCCAACUACGCUCUCCAGACCCUACUGGCCAUCGUCAUGUCAGUUCAGAACUGUAAGAGCUACGCUGAGCGAGAGAGAGUCCUCCUCUCCAAGAUCCUAGACUCAAAGAUGAGGCAGAACCUCUGCCUUCUCAAUGAUAUCCUGUUAGUCAAGGUAGGUGGGAUCUCUGAACGUUGCUUUUCUAAAAGUUAUUAUUCAGUUUCGUAGUAGCUAACGAGGGUAGAUGGGUAUUUUCCUGUAAGAUCUGUUCUAUGCUUUUAGUUUCCUGUGUCGAAGGAUGUGUCACUCAUGGACAGUCAAACGAAGAACAAGAAGAUGAGGAACUACUUUCUGGAGUUGUUUUGCAAGGUACUGUGGAUGAAAAUAACGUGGAUGAUGCAACAACAUGACUUAGGUGGCAGUUGAUUGUUUGAUUACUUAGAAUUCAAUUGAUUCAUGAUAACCGUGUGUGUGUGGUCUGUCCAGUUUGCCGAGGAGGAGCCGUGCGUGUACGUGCUGGACCAGGCUCACUUUGUGGAUCAAGCCUCAUGGGCCUUCCUGCUCGAAGCAUGUAAAAGAGCCUCGGUUCUGUUGUGUAUGGCCCUCCUCCCCCACACCAGUCAGAGCGGGGCCUUCCCAGAGCUUAGCCGCAUCAUCAAGGACCCCCGGACCCUCUACCUCAACCUGCCUGGGCUGGAGCCCCCUGUCAUCGCCCAGCUAGCCUGCCAGAUCCUGGGGGUGGUCCGCAUCCCUAGCGAGGUGGAGCUGUACGUGUAUACAAAGAGACACGCACAAACUAAUACACACACACACACUGUGUGAAUAUACAUACAUUACACAUAUCGACUCUCAGAGGGUGUCUUGGGGAGCUGGGAGUUUCACACCUCACACACGUUCAGGUACAUACAGUGAAACAGGACAAAUAUAAGCACCCCCAUUUGACCUUUGACUCCUCAAAGGCAAUGGCUUGGGAGUUGGGACUGUUUGAAUACUUAAACUAAACUGAAGCAUCAAUAUCCAGAGGAAGUAAAAAGUAAUUUAUUUAAAUGUACACUUUUGAAUUGGCUUGUUGACUGUAUAGCAAUUUUUUGAAGACUCAUUCUAAGGCUGUCAUUGUCUCAGUACAUGAAUAUCUCACAGAAGAAGCCGGAGUUAAAAGUGUAAUCUGUUUUAUAGGUUCCUGGUGGAGAGAAGCCAUGGAGUUCCAUACUACUGUGAGGAGCUCUUGAAGAGUCUGUAUCUGGGCAAUCUGAUCGUGAUGGAGGAGGUGGAGAAGGAGGAUGAGGCUAAAGACAUAGACAUCCUGUUCCCUGAGCCCACCCUGGUGGUACACUGCUCCAAACCCAGCCAGGUGUGGCAAGAGGAGGACGCCAGGGCCGGAGCGCUGGGUAGGAAGAUGGAUCUGUUGGUUGAAAAUGUCUGAGUGGGCAGGUCUCCCGGCCUAUUAACACCCUUGUCUGUGAAACAGACAGACGAAUUGGCUGAGAAUAUGAGUGGCAUGUCUCCCAGCCAAUCAACACCCAUGUUUGUGAAACACUGUUUAAUGUUGCAGGGCCACCCAAGGCAUCCAUGUUGAAAUCUCGCAAGAUCACAGCCCUGGACCAUUUUGUUGACCGCGCUUUGGUCUGUUUUGUCGGAGAAGCUGCCAAAUUCCACGAAGUUCCCAUCCCUCUGACAUUGAAAGGUAUAGUACAGGGUUCCUGCAUUCUGCCCCCAAACACAAUACAACCUCAUCUCAGGAGUCUUAUUUGAUAGAAAUGACUCAUAAAUAAAACAUAAACCUCAUUAAGGAUGUUUUCUGUUCAGGCAUGGCUAUAGGCCUACUAAUAAUAAUAAUAAUAAUAAUAUAUGCUAUUUAGCGGACACUUUUAUUCAAAGCGACUUAGUCAUGCAUGCAUACAUUUUACAUAUGGGUGGUCCCGGGAAUCAAACCCACUAUCCUGGCGUUGUAAGCGCCAUACUCUACCAACUGAGCUACUAAUAAAAGUGAAUUCUAUUCAGGCAUGGCCCUGGCCCACCUAGACCACCUGCAGCCGGCGGACCAGAUGGUGGUGAAGUGUGCUGCCAUCAUCGGCCACACCAUCACCACGCAGAUGCUCAUCAACAUCCUGCCAGAGUCAGAAAACCACGACAAGCUCAACCUGUCGCUCACCUCCCUGUUCAAGUCGGGCACGUUUGAGUGCGGCUCCAAGCCCAAGCAGUUCACCCAGCAGCUCACCAAGGAGUCGGAGUGCUGGGGCGCGCUCAACUGCUACUGUGUCCAGGACAGCCAAGAAGAUAUCCGUGAAGGUCGGUAGUGGAGCUGAAGCUAACACAGACAAGGAGAACUUUCACUCUCUCUACCUCUCUCUGUCUCCUCUCUGACUCUCUCUACCUUCUUCUCCCCAAAUCUCUCUCCCACUCUCAUUUAUAUUUCUAUCUCCCAUCUGUCCCUUCCUACUUCGCCCCCCUCUCAGAAGUGUCAGGCAAGGCCUCUGUGGACGGAGUGUGGCGCUGCAGGGUGAUGCGUUUCUGCACGGCCCUGGUCAAGGAGACAGCCUACGAGCUGUGGCUGAAAGAGCAGAAGAGAGAGAUCCACCAGAAAUGUGCCAGCUACCUCCUCAAGCAGGCCCACCGCUGCAGGGACUGCGGCAUGGCCGAGUUCAUCUUCGGCCACAAGGCGGCCAUAGGGAACAACCUCAUCGAGAUCCACCCGAGUUUGCUCAACAUACAAGAGUCUGGGGAAGCCCUGUUCCUGGGCCAAAGCACACUGGGGCUCCCCAAGGGUGAGUGAUGGGCCCACUGACUUCUCCGCUAGAGAAACGCACGCAACCUGAGAAACAGACACAAACACUCCCUGAGAGACAGACACAAACACUCAUGCUCGCACACACAAACACUUCACACAAACGCUCAUGCAGAUUGACAAUUGUGAUGCUGUAACCAACUGAUCUAAGUAACCAUUGAGGGUUGAUUUGACGGGUGCUGUUGGGGUUGUUCUCCUCUCCACCUCUCAGAGACUAUACAACUGAACCAGGUCAGCCCUUUGCAUCCCAACAGGUAAGAUUUUAUACUCUACCCCUGGUCCCAGAUCAGCUGGCCAGUAUUACAAGUGGGCUGAUUCCAUAACAAAUGUAUUUGUGUGUUUGCGUGCGUCAGUGAGGAGGACGAGUUCUUGUUGAAACUGGAUUCUAGGGUGGAUGAGUACAAGACCACAGUGGACAGAAGCAGGAAGUGUAGGUGUGCCCAGGUGAUGGAGUGUGUUCUGUGCCCCAUGGUGCGCCACUGCACGGGCGUGGGCGACGUGCCCAAAACCUUCUAUUACUUGCUAGAGACCGCCGCAGCCUCGGCCUUCCUCUCCAACAACCUCAAGGUGUGUGUGUGUGUGUGUGUGUCCUUUACACUCUUUUCUGAUCUGUUCGCUCUCAUACAGAAAUACUCUCUCUUUCACAGGCCCUGUCCUAUUUAAACGAAGCUAAAAUCAUACUAGACAAUCUGAAAGUGGGCAAGCCAGCCUUUGAGACUGCCGACCCGAAAGUCAAAGGGAAAAUCAACAACUUUGAGAGAGCCUGUGUUUUCCGUCUCAGAGGGGAGGUAGGAGUUCACUUAAAUGUUAUUUAUAAUCGAAAAGGAUAAUAAUGAUUUGCAUUUAUACAAAAUAGCGCUUUUCUCAAACUAAAGUGUACUGUUUAUUGUACAUAUAGGUGUUGUACAACACGGGCCAAAUGGAGGAGGCUGAGAGCAUGUUUGCCAGCGCCCUACGGCUCCUGAACAGACGUCUCCCUACGAACCGCGUGGCCGUGUCCCUGAAGUACGUCUGUGAGAAGAUGAAGAGUCUGUGCUGCAGAUCCAAGAACUUUGACAACCCUGGGUGUGUUCUAUAUUCAACAAGCACCUGUACAGAUAAAGAUUAAACAAAUUAAUAUACAUCUUUUAUAGAGAGCAGGCAUUCUAAAAUCAGCUAUUUUCAAUGUAUUGACGACAACAUACCACAACCUACUAUUGUCAUCAAAUUCAGCAUUUAUUUGCAUUUACCUCACAGUAUCUUUUAAAUAUAAAAAAAUAAUACUUACAACAACAAAAAAAUACUCUAGCACACUGGUGAUGUAGAUGCUCCACAAACAAUUGAAUGGAUCUUACAAUAGUGUGCUACCUUUUGUUUAGGUGUUGUUAUUGUUAUUGUCUUGGUCCAAAGAGAGAAGAAGCUGGCGUUCCUCCACGAGCAGGUCUGCUGUCUGUCGUACAUGUGGCAGAUCGGCUGCAUGAGGAGAGCGCCCAAGGACAUGCUCAACGCAUCGCUGGCCAUCACUAUGGAGAUGAACUCAGCCCAGAGGACUGCAGAGGAGAACAAGGUGGUUGUUUACUCUGCUUCUCUGGUUUCUACAGGAAAACGAGGGCUCAAAAAUGGGUUUGUUCAGUCAAUGGAAAUCUCGAACACUAGAGAGAGAGAGAGAGAGAGAGAGAGGUAGGGGGGAAAAAAAAAUACAGUAGGGAUCAUCAACUAGAUUCAGCCGCGGGCCAUUUUUUUUUCUUGAGCGGAUGGCCAAAAGUCCAAACAGAUACUGUAUAAUGUUUGACUAAAACAUAAUCAUUUCAAACCUUGCUUACAUUUGUAUAUGAUCACGUUUCUCUCUAUUAUGCGUGGCAAUACUUAGGAACAUGUUUAUUAAAAUCACUUGGAGUUGAUUUCCUGGUGUUUUUUAGUCUAUUAUGUCCAACAAUAUAUAUACCAGUCAAAAGUUUGGACACACCUACUCAUUCCAGGGUUGAUUUUUACUAUUUUCUACAUUGUAGAAUAAUAGGGAAGACAUCAAAAUUAUGGAAUAACACAUAUGGAAUCAUGUAGUAACCAAAAAAAGUGUUAAACUAAUCCAAAUAUAUUUUAUAUUUGAGAUUCUUCAAAUAGCCACCCUUUGCCUUGAUGACAGCGUUGCACACUCUUGGCAUUCUCUCAACCAGCUUCACCUGGAAUGCUUUUCCAACAAUCUUGAAGGAGUUCCCACAUAUGCUGAGCACUUGUUGGCUGCUUUUCCUUCAAUCUGCUGUCUGACUCAUCCCAAAACCAUCUCAUUUGGGUUGAGGUCGGGGGAUUGUGGAGGCCAGGUCAUCUGAUGCAGCACUCCAUCACUCUACUUCUUUGUAAAAUAGCCCUUACAUAGCCUGGAGGUGUGUUGGGUCAUUGUCCUGUUGAAAAACAAAUGAUAGUCCCACUAAGCCCAAACCAGAUUGGGUGGCGUAUCGCUGCAGAAUGCUGUGGUAGCCAUGCUGGUUAAGUGUGCCUUGAAUUCUAAAUAAAUCACAGACCGUGUCACCAGCAAAGCACCCCCACACCAUAACACCUUUACGGUGGGAAAUACACAUGCGGAGAUCAUCCGUUCACCCACACCGCGUCUCACAAAGACACGGCUAUCUUCUGUAUACCCCCCCCCCCCCCCCCCCCCCUACCUUGUCACAACAUAACUGAUUGGCUCAAACGCAUUAAGAAGGAAAUAAAUUCCACAAAUUAACUUUUAAGAAGGCACACCUGUUAAUUGAAAUGCAUUCCAGGUGACUACCUCAUGAAGCUGGUUGAGAGAAUACCAAGAGUGGCUAUUUUAGCACUUUUUGUGUUACUACAUCAUUCCAUAUGUGUUAUUUCAUAGUUUUGAUGUCUUCACUAUUAUUCUACAAUGUAAAAAAUAGUUAAAAUAAAGAAAAACCCUUGAAUGAGUAGGUGUGUCCAAACUUUUGACUGGUAGUGUGUAUAUAUUACUUAAAUUUUGCUCACAAAACUUGGGGGCCAAAUAAAACCACCCGCGGGCAGCCAGUUGGGGAACCCUGGUAUACAGUCACCCAUACACUCUUUGACGUCCCUCUCACUCACAGACACAUCUCCUCUGUCUAGAUCAUCUUCUCCUGCAUCGACUACCUCCAGUACUGCCAGCUGAGUGGUCUGGACGACCAGUGUAAGAGCUAUGAAAGGAUGCUGUGUGGAAACUUUGUUGAGCUGUCUGACUGCAUGGAGGGCCUGACCCUCACCAGCUACUUCAUACGUACCCUCUCCAUUGUCAAGCUCUGCUCUGGAGCCCUGCACGACUCCAUCCAGUAUGGUGAGGAGGGGAGUGUGUGUGUGUUGCAUUGGUGAGGUAGUGUGUGUUCGGUUUUAAACAAGUGUGUAAGCAAGCAAGCGAGACAGACAGACAAACAGACAGACGGACAGAGAAAACAUUUAUAGCUAAAAAGUUUCAGUAGUGAAAGAAGUUCUACUUCUCAGGUCUCCGAGCAGAGAAAAUCAGCAAGCUGACGAACCGCCGGGGCCCGGACAUGUUGGUGAUCACUGUCCUUCACACACCCCUCCUCCUCACACAGAGGUGAAGGACUACUGCUUCUAGUUGGUUCUUUUACUGGGAUCUGUGCUUUAUCUACUGUUGAAUAAUAUGAUACCCAGGUAUGAGGAGUGUGUCCAGCUGAUGCAGAGUCUGGAGUACCAGGGAAACAGGACACGCAUCAGCACAGCUAAAGGCUGGUUCUAUGUAGGCUGCUUUGACUUCCUGCUCUACUCAGGCAAGUUGGAUAUUCCAUCACUGGGACAUAUCUUAGUGAAUGAACUAAGGGGUAAUAAUUAUAAAUGCCAUUUAGCUGACGCCUUUAUCCAAAGCGGCUUAGUCAUGCGCGCAUACAUUUUACGUAUGGUUGGUCCCGGGAAUCGAACCGACAUUGCAAGCUCCAUGCUCUACCAGCUGAGCUACAGAGGACCACUACCAUCGGUUGGGUCUCAUGGUGUGUGUUCCAGGCUUUGCCUUCCGUCCGUUUGAGGAGUGCUACACCUUUGUGGAGGAGUCCCAGUCAGACCCUAACCUGGUGGCUGACAAGAGUCUGAUGAUGAACCUCUACUCUGCUCUGGCUCUGUGGUGAGUGGACUGAUAGAAAUAUUAUGAAUAGAGCGCACAUAAUUUUUUUUCUCUACAUGCCAGAGAGGCAUUUCUGUUCUACAUAACAUAUUUCUAUCUGAACGCUCUACAAUGGUGUGCCUUUCAAAAUGCAGCCCGAAGCUAUACUCUAGUCCAACCUACUAUCUUUGCAGUCUCAAAUCAAAUCAAAUCAAAUCAAAUUUUAUUGGUCACAUGCGCCGAAUACAACAGGUGCAGACAUUACAGUGAAAUGCUUACUUACAGCCCUUAACCAACAGUGCAUUUAUUUUAAACAAAAAAAGUAAGAAUAAAACAACAACAAAAAAAGUGUUGAGAGAAAAAGAGCAGAAGUAAAAUAAAGUGACAGUAGGGAGGCUAUAUAUACAGUAAAAUAAAGUGACAGUAGGGAGGCUAUAUAUACAGGGGGGUACCGUUGCAGAGUCAAUGUGCGGGGGCACCGGCUAGUUGAGGUAAUAUGUACAUGUGGGUAGAGUUAAAGUGACUAUGCAUAAAUACUUAACAGAGUAGCAGCAGCGUAAAAAGGAUGGGGUGGGGGGGCAGUGCAAAUAGUCCGGGUAGCCAUGAUUAGCUGUUCAGGAGUCUUAUGGCUUGGGGGUAGAAGCUGUUGAGAAGUCUUUUGGACCUAGACUUGGCACUCCGGUACCGCUUGCCGUGCGGUAGCAGAGAGAACAGUCUAUGACUAGGGUGGCUGGAGUCUUUGACAAUUUUGAGGGCCUUCCUCUGACACCGCCUGGUAUAGAGGUCCUGAAUGGCAGGGAGCUUUGCCCCAGUGAUGUACUGGGCCGUACGCACUACCCUCUGUAGUGCCUUGCGGUCAGAGGCCAAGCAGUUGCCAUACCAGGCGGUGAUGCAACCAGUCAGGAUGCUCUCGAUGGUGCAGCUGUAUAAUUUUUUGAGGAUCUGAGGACCCAUGCCAAAUCUUUUUAGUCUCCUGAGGGGGAAUAGGCUUUGUCGUGCCCUCUUCACGACUGUCUUGGUGUGUUUGGACCAUGAUAGUUCGUUGGUGAUGUGGACACCAAGGAACUUGAAGCUCUCAACCUGUUCCACUACAGCCCCGUCGAUGAGAAUGGGGGCGUGCUCAGUCCUCUUUUUUUUCCUGUAGUCCACAAUCAUCUCCUUUGUCUUGGUCACGUUGAGGGAGAGGUUGUUGUCCUGGCACCACACGGCCAGAUCUCUGACCUCCUCCCUAUAGGCUGUCUCAUCGUUGUCGGUGAUCAGGCCUACCACUGUUGUGUCGUCGGCAAACUUAAUGAUGGUGUUGGAGUCGUGCCUGGCCAUGCAGUCAUGGGUGAACAGAGAGUACAGGAGGGGACUGAGCACGCACCCCUGAGGGGCCCCCGUGUUGAGGAUCAGUGUGGCAGAUGUGUUGUUACCUACCCUUACCACCUGGGGGCGGCCCGUCAGGAAGUCCAGGAUCCAGUUGCAGAGGGAGGUGUUUAGUCCCAGGAUCCUUAGCUUAGUGAUGAGCUUAGAGGGCACUAUGGUGUUGAAUGCUGAGCUGUAGUCAAUGAAUAGCAUUCUCACGUAGGUGUUCCUCUUGUCCAGGUGGGAAAGGGCAGUGUGGAGUGCGAUAGAGAUUGCAUCAUCUGUGGAUCUGUUGGGGCGGUAUGCAAAUUGGAGUGGGUCUAGGGUUUCUGGGAUUAUGCUGUUGAUGUGAGCCAUGACCAGUCUUUCAAAGCACUUCAUGGCUACAGACGUCAGUGCUACGGGUCGGUAGUCAUUUAGGCAGGUUAUCUUAGAGUUCUUGGGCACGGGGACUAUGGUGGUCUGCUUGAAACAUGUUGGUAUUACAGACUCAGUCAGGGACAUGUUGAAAAUGUCAGUGAAGACACUUGCCAGUUGGUCAGCACAUGCUCGGAGUACACGUCCUGGUAAUCCGUCUGGCCCUGCGGCCUUGUGAAUGUUGACCUGCUUAAAAGUCUUACUCACAUCGGCUACGGAGAGCGUGAUCACAUAGUCAUCCGGAACAGCUGGUGCUCUCAUGCAUGCUUCAGUGUUGCUUGCCUCGAAGCGAGCAUAGAAGUGGUCUGUAUGUAUGUUUCUGUAUGUUUCUAUGUGUGUGUGUCUGUGUGUGUGUCCCGUUCGGCCUAGGUAUGCCCGUCUGUGUGAGUGGGAGAAGGCAUGUUUCUUCUACACCAAGGCCUGUGGAGUGACCCAACAGGCUCCCUCAUCCAUCCACUCCAUCAACGGCGUGGUCAUGUUCCUGGAGUGUCAUGUGCUGCUGUUCAGAAAGGCCCUGGUGGAGCACAACCAACACAUCAAAGCCAUCUACCAGAGCACACAGAAGGUAGCCUAGCGACAGGUAGCCUAGCGGUUAAGAGCGAUGGGCCAGAAACCGAAAGGUUCCUGGUUCAAAUCCCUGAGUCGACUAGUUGAAAAAUCUGUCGAUGUACCCUUGAGCAAGGCACUUAAUCCUAAUUGCUCUGGAUAAGAGCAUCUGCUAAAUGACUAAAAUGUAUGCAUGCACAUACUCAGACGCUCUUUCUUUCUCUCAAGCUCUCCCUCACGCACACACACACACUCACUCUCCCUCACUCACACACGUGCCUUCACGUGCCCAUGCCCACACACACAUGCUCGCACACACACAGUUGUGUAUAAUGUACAUUUUAGAAAAGUCACACGGUCAUAUUAUAAAUGUUUUUCCUGAAACGGACCUAAUAGCCAUAUUAUUUCUUAUGCAGCACUUCACAGAGUUCAACCGGAAGUACUCAACCAACAAGAUGUACGCGCCCCGGGUGCUGCACCUCAGAGCUUACAUGUACUUGCUGGCGGGACACGAGGCCCUGGCCACCGCCAUCCUCAACAAGGCUGUAAUGCUGUGUCAACAGCACGGCAACAAGCUGGAGGAGAGCUGGAUCGCACAGAACCAGGUACAGUACUGGAGGAAAGGCCAGAGGGGACACACAAACACACAUAAUAAUGGCUGGAACAGCGCCAAUAGCAUCAAACACAUGGAAACUAAUGGGUUCGAUGUAUUGGAUACCAUUGCACUGAUUCCACACCAGCCAUUACCACGAGCCUGUCCUCCCCAAUUAAGGUGCCACCAACUUCCUGUGGUGUGUAUGCAGUCAUCACACACACACAGAACAGAAAACAUAACCACAUGCAUUUAAAAUAGAUUGCAGUUACACAUCGUAUACCAUGUAGUACAAAUCAGUGGAGGCUGGUGAGGGGAGGACGGCUCAUAAUAAUGCUCGGAAUGGAGUUAUUGGAAUGGUGUCCAACAUGGUUUUCAUGUGUAUGCCAUUCCAUCCACUCCAUUCCCGCCAUUAUUAUGAGCCGUCCUCCCCUCACCAGCCUCCACUGUAGUACAUGUAUUUUCUCCUUGAUAACCUAAACAAGUAGAGCGUAGCGCUUAGCUAGGUCCUUAGUGAAUGUAUUAUUUAAUUAAGGACAUUUCUAAUAAAUAUGUUGUGAGUAUUCCCUGUCUUCCUCUUCAGAUUUCGUGGUUCGGCGUGUUCAGGCAGAGCACCAGCGACUGGUUCGCUUCCACUUUGACCAUGCCCAGCUGGGAGGAGGCUAAGGGGAUGGACCCAGAGGAGCUGACCCACACCCGCUACACCCUGAUGGGUGUGGGGAGCGAGAUCUGGGCUGACAACUCCAGCCUGUACCUCGCCCCAAAGGCAGAGGACACCCAGCUCCUCAAAGGCCAAGGAUAG